GAUAUUUUGAAAUUCAUCCAUGGAUAAAUGUCAGCCGAAGUAUUAAAAACCAUCUUGUAAACCGGUGUAAAAAAUAUCAAUUUUUGUUAUUUAAUUUGCAUUAUUUGUCACAAAAACAUUGUCCAGUCAAUUCUAAUAUAAGUUUUGUUUAAAUGUUAUUUCCGUUCAAUGUGUAAAAGUGUUUCGAUCGAACAUAAAAACGUCAUAAGUACGACCAACGUUUUCAAUUUAUCAAAUUUUGUUUUUUUCCAAAAUUAAUUCCAAAAUUAUGCAACUAUUGCCGAGACAUGUUUUCAAAAGAUGCUUGUUCCUUAUCCUGAGUUAAGCAGCACAAUAUUAGCAAGACAUCAAUCCCAUAAAACGUUGGCUUUGAGAAAUUCUCGCAGAGAUGAUUUAGAUGCCAUUCCGAUUGCUGCAAAGAACUUGGAUCCAAUUGAAAAUCGCAACAAAAAGCAAAACAAUGUGGCCACAUCACUAGAGAAUCCAAUCGAAAAUAACGAGAAUCAAUGUGCACCUCUUCAACAGGACACCAAUCCAGCGGAGAAUAGACUCGUUUCGAAAUUGAGUCACAAAGUGAAUUUGGCCGGUGACAAUACAAAACGGAAAAAAGUUUUAUCGCUGUCAUUGAAUCGGGAGAAUAUAACGAGGCCUACCCAAGCGAACAAAAAAAAUUCGGUUGACAGUCGUCAUUCGCCAUUGAAAAAACGACUCAAAACCUGGGAAAUGCACGAAUAUAUGCAGCACCAAACGGGUGCAUCGUCGUCAAAUGAUUACAUUUUGCCGAAAGCGUCACACAAUUCCGAUGAGAAUUCGUACAAUCAGAGAAAACAGAUCACAUCGUCGAUGGCAACGCUGUGCAACAUCGGAAACACAUGCUAUUUGAAUUCGGUUGUUUACACUUUGCGAUUCGCUCCUCGCUUUCUGCACAAUCUUCAUCAUGUCUGCGACGAUCUAUCGGAAAUUACGCAAAAAGUGCAUAACAAAGGUAAGAGUGCAUCGCUCGGCCGUAAUGUGGGCGGUAUACAAGGAUCAAACACGCGCAGCUGGAGCACUAAAGAUCUAGCCUCAAUCGGUUCGUUUGUGGAUGUGCCGAAAACGAAUCGUCAAAUUGCCACCGAAAAACUGCACGAACUGUACAUGCAUUUGUAUCGUAACGAGAUGGUUGAAUCCACGGAAGCAUUCCACGCUGACACAUUCCUCAAUGCUGUACAGGAUGUUAGUUCCAUAUUUGAGGGUAAUCAACAGCAGGACGCUCAUGAGUUUUUGAUGUGUGUGUUGGAUAGUAUACGGGAAACAUGCAACUCAUUAACAAGAGUCAUAACGGAAUGUCCGGAUAUUGUAGCAAAUGGUUAUGUAAGUCUACCGGAAAAAAUCGAGGUGCAAACAUCCCAACGCAAAAAUUUUCCCAAUAUAUUUCGCAAACGCAGUAAAGAUGAUAAAUCGAAAACAAAUCGAAACGAUGCCCCAUCGAAAGACAAUGAUGCAAACAGAGAUGCAAACAAUCCGAAAAGUGGCUCGAUAUCGAAUUUCGACGAUGAACUGAUGUGUGGACCUGACAAGGAAAAAAAUUUGGAGAAAGUCAACGAGAAAAUCAAGACGAUGGGCGUCGAUUUUUUUACGGAGGAUUUCGAAGGGGUCACAUGUUCGUCGACGAAAUGUUUAAGCUGUGAGACAAUAACUGAACAAAAGGAAACAAUGAUCGAUUUGUCAGUGCCUAUAACCGGCUAUGAAAAUAUUGACCAACAGGAAGAUCCCAAUUUAUUUAUUCAGAAUUUGUGCAUUACCCGCGAACAAUUCCGUGGCGAAAAUAAGUAUCGAUGUGAGGUGUGCACCGGUCUCACCGAAGCGAUUCGUACAGUAUCUUAUCCCGUACUGCCGCGCCUGCUAAUCAUUCAACUGAAACGAUUUUCCGGUGGCAUGGAGAAAAUCAACAAUUACAUCCCAACGCCAUUCAAUUUACAAUGCUUUUGUUCGAAUUGUUGUGUACGAUCGGAUGCGGAAAAACUUCACACCUAUCGGCUGUACAGUGUUAUCACUCAUGUGGGUGCUACGCUAUCCGUUGGACACUACAUCGCCUACACAACAUCAUUAGAUAACUACAAAGACUAUUAUGACUGUCCGAAGGACAAACGAAAAAAUCACCAAAAUCCAACAUGUCCGGUACCGCCAGUCGGCGGUCAGAAUGCCGAGAAAAAUCUAGGAUUGAAGAAGAUUUUAUUUGGCAAAAGUAAAGCAACGAGCAGUGGUGACGUUACAAAAAAUAUUAAAAAUUUAAAUGGUUCGGUUAAGAAUUUGACAAAUGGAAUUGAUAAGACUGCUUCCAAUGGCAGCAUUUCCUGUCAAAGUGUCAGUUGCUGUGGUAUUCUUAUGAAAAAUAGUCCUGGAACUAGUCUGAGUAGUUUGAACAUAAAUGGUAUAUCGGAACAUUUGCGACACAAUAGUUACGUGGAUAAUCUGUCGAAUUCGUCGCUGAACGACGAUUGUGGUAGUUAUGGUGGAAGUAAUUUUAGUAAAAAAUCGGAACCCCUAUGGUUCGUGUGUGAUGAUGAUAAAAUCAAAACAAUGACACAACGCGAAUUUGAGGAUUUGCUGUCACCGAAUAAGAAAAUUAUGGUCACGCCUUAUUUGCUAUUUUAUGCUAGAGUUGAUCUGCGUAAGCAAACGUAAUGGCUUCAUUGCAAUCGAUUUAUUUUUAUUAUUUUUUUCUUUUUUCUUUUUGACUAGAUGCUAUCAGGCCUGGCAUUUUAAAUUAUUUUUUGUUUUAUGCAUCCGCCAUCGUCGAUAAUCUUGUUCUUUUCUUUUUAGUUUGUUCGCUUCUUUUUACCAAUUAUUUUGUUUUUUAAAUCAAUUUGAACUGGUGAAAUAAACCAAAAACCAAAAAGAAAUGUUCUGUAUCGCUAAAAUGGGAACGCCAACAAAUCCCGUCGGCUUUUCUCUACCAUUUUUUAGUAUCUCCCAUUACGCAUUAUAGACUGUUGGGAUUAUCAGAGGGUCCUCUAAAAUUUACAUUCCAAUUAAACAUUUUAUUAACAUUCGCCGAUUCGAAAGAACAGUCUUGAUCGUAAAUUUUUACUAGAAAGUACAGUAAAUGUAACAACGAAACAUAAAUUGGAAUUAUUGUGGCACUGACGAAGUUGCAGUUAUCAGAUGAGACAGGGGAGAUUUUGCAGACGAAGUCACACUUAGGUCGAAAACAUUUUUAAAUCUGUCAUUAACCCUUUCGACUCAUUCUUCUAAAUUCUACGGCACCGUAAGGUAAAUGACACACGUUCAGUAAUUGUAUUCAGGAAAAAUCUUUCAACGAAAUAGAAAAAGAUCUAACGAAAAUUAGGGCUUACUAGGGCUUGAAUCAACAUUAACGAAAUAUCCUUUUGUUGUGACCUAAGUUUUCUCGUCAUUGAUAACCUGACGACCGACAUUUUUCAAUGUUGACCUGACAAAUUCUACAUUGAUGUCAUUAAGCAAAGAAUUACCUAAAAAUUGUCCUUGUUGUUUUAAAGGUGAAGUAACACUGGAACACAUAAGUAAAUAAUCUCGUGGAAGAUAAGUAGAAUAAGAACAGGUUCUGGAUAGUGAUAUCAUUUUUUCUUAUCUAAACAACCAAAUACUGACUUGAUCUGAACUGCCGCAAAGACAUUUCCUUAUUUGGUCACAAUUUUCCACAAUAUAAAGAUUAAAUAGUUCACGCAGGAACGGUGUUGACUUUCUUCGGUACUGCACAAUGAAACGAACAAGUUGAUUCUGUUCUCUCAGUGUGCCAUUUGAGAAAAAUUGUUUUCGAAGAAUUUAAUGCUAAGAUGGGUGAACUGAAUUUAAAAUCAGUCAGAAAUUUAGAACAGAAAUUACAUCUAGGGUUCGUAUUUUUGUAGCAGAUAUGAAUAGGACUUGCAAAACUCUUUUUUAGAAAAUAUUUUCUUUGUACAAUUUAUUGUAAUUGCUCGUGAGGAUUGUAUAUCUGAACAUAGACCAGGGUGGAAAACAGGGAAAAAGUAGAUUAGUCUGUAGCAAUUGAGACUCUAGAGUUGUAAUAUAAGUUCGAAAAUUUUGUAGAAAGAUGGUCGUCGGUUCAGUUUUAAAAAAAAGUGUCGAGAAGCAGAACAAGGAAAUCUCUAGAAAUUGUUUACGUGACAGUACUUACUGGGGCAGUAUCAAGAUGAUGAAGUAUAAUACUUUUGUUUCCAUUGUGAUUUAAUCCUAACAAAGUUUGUCUUGAUUUUUUUUUUAUAUUUUCUAGUGUCCGCAUACUGUUGUAUUCGCAUUUUUGAUUAAAUUAUUUAAUUAAAUUCAAUUAUUGAGGUGAGGUGAAGUGAGGGAAAAAAAACCACCUCGCAGUUUCAUCAAUUUAACAGAAAAUAAGUGACGAAAGACGGUCCUUAUAUCCUAAGUAAAAAAUUCGUGAAAAAAUUUUGAAAAAUUCCGACCCUUAACUAUUCAGGAUGAUGUGGUCAGGAUACAUUUUGAAUCUAUAAACCAAUAUAUGAAUGCAAGUAUGGUCCUAGACGACAGAAAAAAAAUUGACGAUAAGGAGUCGUUACAGACCGUUAUAAGUAUUAGAAUAUGGAAACGUCAGAGAAAAACAAUGUUUUGUAAUAAAAUAUUUCUAUACAUGUACCGUUAGAGCCGGGCUGACCAAAAUAUAGAGUAUCGACUGAAGAAAUUUUGUGAAUUUAAAAAGAAAAAGAAAUUUUAUUAAAAAUCAAGCACCCGAUCUUAUAUGUGACGGGAAAAAUCUACAUUUUUGUGAACUAUACCUUCGAUUGGACUAUCUUAUAAUAGUCUGAGAACAGCUAACAAGAAAAGUUAAAUUAAACA